AUGAACAAUAACAAUAAAUUAAAAAAAGAAAAAACUUUAAUAUUUAUAAGGAUAUUAAUUUAUGGAUUAUUAUUAUUUUUAAUUUCUCUAUGUGUUUAUUCAAAUUCAUUAGAAGGCGAGUUUUGUUUCGAUGAUCAGUUUGCAAUUGUCGGUAAUAAAGAUGUAAUCGGGUAUGAUAAUAUAAACGACGAUGGUCAAACCAAGACAAAUGUUCCAAAUACAAUCGAGUCUUUAAAUCACUUUGAUACCGAUGACAAUGGUGAUGGAAACAGUGAUCAGGGAGUAUCAGUUUCAAAACAGAUUUUAGUUUAUUUUAAAAAGAUGUUAAUGCACGAUUUUUGGGGCCAAGAUAUCACAAAAUCAGAUUCACAUAAAUCCUACAGACCUUUUACGACACUAUCGUUCAAAUUAAACUUUUUAUCGUCGGGUUUGGAUGCGUAUGCGUUCCACUUUACCAAUGUAUUCAUACACUCUAUAGUUUCAAUUUAUAUAUUCUUUUUGGCAUUGCUUGUAUUUGUUCCAACAUUCAGCGAGAAGAACAGCAGGGCUUUGGAGUUGCUAAAAGAUACUCAACAGAAAUCAAUGUUGUAUUACUUACUAUCAGUAUUAGGUGUCGACGAGUUUUGUUGCUUUUUAUCAGCAUUGCUAUUCGCAUUGCAUCCAAUUCACACAGAAGCGGUUUCUGGUAUCGUUGGAAGAGCCGAGUUGCUUAGUACAAUGUUUCUAGUAUUAUCCUUAUUGGCCUACUUUAAAUGCUAUAGCCCAAGAACGAAUAGAACCAAUUGGAAAUUCUUUAUACUCUCUUUGGUUUUCCUAUUACUAUCAACUCUUUCAAAAGAAACUGGUUUCACAUUGGUUUUAAUUUUGCCCAUUACAGAUAUCCUAUUAAUUCAGUAUCCAUACAAUAAGGUUUACUUUACCAACAAAGAAGAUAUAAAUAAUAGAACCAGAUACAGAUUACCACCAAUUUUGCCACAAAACAAAAGACAAUGGAUUUCAUUAUUGGAAAGAGUGUUCUUUAUUGGUCUUUUUGCUUGUGCAUUCCUUUACUUUAGAAAAAUAAUUACUGUAGAUAUGAUACUAGACAACUUUAGAAACUUGGAAAAUCCAAUAGCCAGAGAAUCUGAUAUAUCAGUACGUUUCUUAUCUUUGGCAAAUCUUCAUGCAAGAUAUUUAUGGCUCUUAAUAUUCCCAAAUCAAUUAUCGGCUGACUGGAGUUUCAAUUGUAUCCCAUUGAUUAAAUCAGUAUUUGACCCAAUCAAUUUAUUAUCAGUUUUAGCUUAUUCAUCAGUAUUUAUUUUGGUUUUAGUAUGUCUGAAAAAGAUCCAAUUCUUUUUUGCUAUAAAACAAUUAUUAUUAUUCAUAUUUUCAAAAAAAAGGAAUAACAAAAACCAACAAAAGAACUAUAACGAUGAUGAUGAUGAAAAAGUGGAUCAAGAUAGUACCACUGAUAAAGAUAAAGCCUGUAGACCAGAAUACUACCAUUCAAUUCUAUGGUGUCUAUUAUUUGGUUUAAUUUCAUUCCUACCAUCGAGUAAUAUAUUCUUUUAUGUCGGUACAGCCAUUGGAGAGCGUCUGUUGUAUAUUCCAUCCAUUGCAUUUUGUUUAUUACUAUCAAGAUUCUUAACUCUACCAUUGAUUUAUUUAUCAGAUUAUCAAAUUAAUAAUAUUAAAGAGCAAACCAAAGAAAAUAAAAACAACAAAUCAACUAUUAAACCACAAUCAACACAAUCAACUUUAACAACCAAAAAAAGAACAACCACAAUUACACCAACAACCACAUCCACACCAACAUCAAAUAUUACAACCACACCAAAUGAUACUUUAACAAAUAUCGAAUAUAAUGAUACAUUUAAAAUUAAAAAACUAAAAGGUUAUAAUAAUUAUUUGUUGUUAUUAAUUAUAAUAGUUUUAAUAAUAUCAUCACUUUAUUCAGUUAAAACAUGGUUUAGAAAUGAAGAGUGGAAGAAUGAAGAGUCAUUGUUUAUGAGUGCAUUAUCAGUUUGCCCAAAUAGCGCCAAGGUUCAUUAUAAUGUCGGUAUUUUAUAUAGACGUACCAAGCAAUGGGACAAGUCAUUAGAGCAUUUUGAGAGAGCCAAAGAAAUAUUACCAGAAUAUUGCGAUGUAGACUAUUUCUAUGCAUUGACAUUGAUUAACAAAUAUGGCGAUUAUGAAAAAGCAAGACCCUAUUUAAUGAAAUCAAUGGGUUGUCGUUACUCACAAGCUAAAGCAUUAGAAGCAAUCAACGAAAUUAUGAACUUUAUGAUGCAAAGCAACUCAAAUAAUCCAAAACUCUAUUCAGAUUGGGGAUUUUAUGAACAAGAUCUUCAACCAGUCAGCUCCGCUACACAUUACCAUAAAGCCGGUUUACUCUAUAAUGAAAUGGGUCAAAAAGAAAAAGCAAUCGAGCAUUUUAACUUGGCACUCAAGAAUCUAGCUAAAGUGAACGACUCAAUGUUAAAUCCAUUAAAAAUCGAACAAGAGAAACAUAUAUUAAACGAAAUAUAUUGUCAAGCUAACAUUUGGUUAUCAGCAGUAUAUUUUGAAACCGAUCAUCCAUCAAAAUCAAUCGAUAGUUUAGAGUUGGUUUACCAAUAUUGUAAAGAUUUCAAGAGAAUUUGGGAUGAAGGUUUAUUAUCUUUGGUAAAUUUAAAAAUGUUAAAAAUCAAAGAUGACCCUACCAAUACCGUUCCAUCAUUAGAGGAAAUUUAUAAACUUCACGAGCAAAUGUCACAUAUUAAUGACGAAACUUAUCAAGAUGGUUCACUCCAAUUAUUAACUUCGUAUGGUAGAACUUAUGAAAAUAUAGAUUCUCAAAAAGCAAUUCAAUUAUACCAAAAAUUAUUAAAAGUUCAACCAAACACCUCAUCAUAUUACCAUCAAUUAGCUUUACUACGUUUAACCAUCAUAAAUAGAAAUUUGGCUAAAGAUUUUACUUUUUAUUUUAAUCAAUUAAACUAUGAUUUAAUUCAAGAUGAUCAACUAAAAAAACUUUAUAGGGAUAUCAAAAAAUCAAUCAAUUAGUAAUACUAUUUUAACAUCCAGAACUAAUAUUACAUUAAAUCAAUAAAAAAAUAAAAAAUAUUUUAAAAU